AUGUGUGCGCAUUGGCGGAACACUUCGCUUCCGUAUUUACAAAUCGGCAAGCGCCUAUGCCGAGCUCGAAGUGUGCAGCCCCCAACGGAACUUAACAGCCUGGAUUGCGGUGUAGAAAAGGUUCGCACCCUACUCGCCAGUCUUGAUGGCCCGAAACCUGCCGGACCCGAUGGAUUUCAUCCGCUUAUCUUAAAGUACUUUACGGCCAUCAUCUCGUCUGCCGUGGUGGAUCUCUUCAACAGAUCGAUGUCCGACGGUGCAUUACCGAGCGAAUGGAAAUGCUCGGUAGUGAAGCCGAUUCCAAAAGGCGGUGACCCACGCAAUGUGGAUAAUUACCGACCGAGCUCUCUCACCUCUGUUUUGGCUAAGGAGCUCGAGAACGUUGUGAAAAAGGGUCUUCUCCAGCUGUUAGCGUCGAAAGAUCUCUUAAAGCUGGCACAGCAUGGCUUUAUGAAGGGCCGCUCGUGCAUCACCAACCUGCUGUUGACGCGGCCGGAAUGCUUGCAAGCGUUGAAUCGGGAGAAACCAGUGGAUGUUAUCUACAUUGAUUCCAGUAAAGCUUGCGAUAAAGUGAGGCAUGUGGUCCUGCUCCACAAGCUGAGAGCGCGUGAUGUUUGCGGAUCUCUGCACCAGUGGAUCAGUGACUUCCUUAUCGGGAGAAUAUGGUGGGUACAGGUGAAUGACCACCUAACGGACUGCGAGUCGUCCACUAGCGGUGUACGCAAAGGCACAAUACUGGGGUCAGUUUCAUUUCUGAUCCACAUCAACAAACUACCUCAGCUUCUUAGGUCGCCUGGUACACUGUUUGAAGACGAUUUGAAGAUUUGUAGGGUUAUUGAUUCUCCCGACGACUGUGACGUCAUUCAGCAGGACCUCAACCGCUUAUCCCAGUAG